CUUCUCUCUCGACCUGUUCGGCAUGAGUGAUCGUAGGAUCACCGUAACACUGGAUCACUGGUAGCAGUAAUUACGUUACCGCCGGCAUAGUUCUUAGGUUCAUUAGAGUACUCAAACCUCCUCACCCAACAAAUGCCUUCGUUGCGAAAUAUGCUCUUCGAAGUUUAUUGUCGCGAUAUACGUGGUUACAUAUUAUUUAUGAACGUUAAUUACUCAUUAAUAAUAUUAAUAAUGUGAAAUUAAACAAAUCGUAGAAAGUCUAGCUUUUUUUAAAGUAGCAACAAAUAUCUUCAUAGAAGUAAAUGAGUUGCAAGUGGAAUGCAGCAAAUAAAAAAUAAUGUUACGGCAAAAAUGCUUAAUUUAAAUCGAUUAUUCAGGCUGAUGAUUUAUGAUGGUACCAAUCAAAUACAAAUACGCAAUGGCGUUAUGUGUCGCUCGAUUAGAACCGUAUGAUACAUAAGUUAGUCAAGAGUCAAAAGUCUGUCAAGAACGACGUGCACGAAUAGUGGACUCUCAAAAGCACGUAUAGUAUAUAUAUAUGUAAAAUACAUAGUGAUUGGUUAUAAAAAAAAAUUUUGGAAAGUAUCGUUAGAAGAGAUCUCAUAAUUGAUGUACUAAACAAAUUUCAAAAAAUAAUAUACAUAAGAAAACAUCGUUUCGAUUAGCACAGUUGCACAUUAUCUAGAAUAUCGAUAAAAUCACUAUUCAUAGUUGAGCUGCCAAGGAUUGCGCGGAAACAGAUUGAGCGCAAGUAUUUACAACAAAAAAAAAAUUAUUAUGUCAGAAACGGUAUAUAUUUUACUGAAAGUGUUAAUAUUAGCGAAAGCGGAUAUCUUGUCAAAGCAUCCGGAUUCAGACUUCAUACAGGAUAUUUCAGUAUCCGAAAACAAUGAUUAUCACAUUUUACAAAACUUUAAAUUUGACCGGAGUCAUCCUAAGAGUGUGAGUGUGAGAAAUAAAAUUGAUGAGAUUACAUUUGCAAAUAUGUCUGUGAUCCGAAAACCUAAUAAAGAAAACAUUUUGAGCAAACCAACAUGUCCCAGAGCAUUUGUAGAGUUUUAUAAUCGAUUCUUAAGUAAAGAAGACGACAUUUCUGUGACAUUCAGAUGGAACAAACCUGAAUUUACAGACGAAGUAAUACAAGGAUACACAGUGCAGUGUUGGUUCAUCGAGAAUCUAAAAAAAAUUCAAAUCUGUGACAACAAAAAUGUAGUAUUGGAGUGCACGGUGCAUAAUCUAAAACCUAAUACGACGUACUACUUUCAAGUACGAGCGCAUACUAAAGUUGGUGCCGGUCUUUACACAGAUUUAAUUGAUGUAUCGACUACGCACGAAAAUCCAAUACCGCAAUUAUUGAUGAUAACGCGAAACGCGGAACAUAAAAUCUAUUGGACCAAUAAAGAGAGAGAGCUGAUGAUAUUGGAGAUGAGUGAAAAAUAUAUUACAAAAAUAGCUAAGCUUCAAUUUGUUGUGCACUAUCUCUGCAUCGAUUGGGUAGCAAGAAAUCUGUACUGGACAGAAUUUGACGGAAAUGAAUCGUAUUAUAUCGUGAAGCUCGACUUAACAAUGUGGAAAAUGGCAUAGUCAAAUAUGAUAAGAUUUUGAAAGUAAAAACCGAGUUAUAUAAUCGCAUUUUUUAAAAUAUACUACCGUCUAUAGGGUAUGUUAAUUUUCGAUAUGAAAUAAAUAAACAAUCAAUAAAUCCAAGAGAGAAAAGCCAAUAAGAGCCCGGACGUAGUAUUUAUUGCGUAAAAGUUGUGUGCUAUUUAUUUAGCAAAAGAUGUUGAUGGUCACGAUAUAAGUUCGCAAAUAAACAUUAUAAAAUGACAAACACCAAACGUUACGGCCCGCUUCGGAUCUUUAUCAAUGGUAAUAAUCUAAUAUUAAUACAAAAACCGAGAACUCGUGAGGUGGAGUAAUGUAUCCGGAACGCAACUUAUACUAUUAACUAACAUUAUACAGCGCUUACAAGAUUAUCCAAUGGAUCGCAGAUGACUGUAAGAUUCCGCGUGGGUUAAGCUCAUCAGACGGCCGCUUAAUUAUGCUUUUAGGCAAAAUGUUGGAGGCGGGUGCGAGCAAUCGAGUGACAUCACAUCCGUAAUAAGAAAACCGAUGGUGAAGCUUUUAAUGUCGAAAAAAAAUGUGAGUCCAGUAUAAGCGUAUGGAGUUGAGGAAAUAAGGAUAGCGAAAUUAGUAAAAAAUGCAAGAUGCAAGAUGCAACGCUGCGAUGAGUAUGAAUCGAAAGACUAUAAAAAUGAGGAUAAAAAUGAAAGAGAUAAAGUUACUUACAAAAACAAAAAAGAUGUCCAAAUUAAUUAAAAGCGAUGCGAGACUCUUUGAACAUUUUUUUUUGUUUAGA